AUGUCUUCAAUUUUAUCAUCAAGUAAUAAUUAUGAAGAUUCUGAAGAGAAUAACUUAUCAACUAGGCAUGCAAGAAAACAUAGAAUGCCAAAUCAAGAUCUUAACCGUUCAUCAAGUCGCAGUUCUAUGUUUGAUAGAAGAAAG